ACAUAAUUAUGAACUGAACAAAUAUUGGAUUUGCACUUCUAAAUUAAAGUUUCUUUGAGAAAUGCGUCAAGAUGAUUAGCACAGGAGGAGGCACCACUAGGAACAGGGGAUCCUAGAUGGCACUACGCGUGCUAUGGAAGCGAAUGGCGCACGCCUUGGACCGGUUUCACCAGUUGGCCUUCAGCCCGAAGUAUCUCCUAUAUACCAACAUCGGGAUCUCAGUGGGCCUGAGCAUGGUGGGCGACACCAUGGAGCAGUCCUAUGAGCGCUUCAUCGGAGAGCUUCCGGGUUGGAACCGGACGCGUACCGUUCGGAUGGGCAUUUCCGGGCUCACGGUGGGCCUGGUCUGCCACUAUUGGUACAAACACCUGGACUACUUGUUUCCCAAGCGCACCUAUAGGGUGGUGGUUAUCAAGAUUCUGCUGGACCAGUUCAUCUGCUCACCCUUUUACAUCGCCGUUUUCUUCCUCACGAUGGCCGUACUGGAGGACAACACGUGGGAGGAGCUGCAGCAGGAGAUUAGGGAUAAGGCACUAGUCUUGUACGCUGCUGAGUGGACCGUGUGGCCCUUGGCACAGUUCAUCAACUUUCUGCUGAUCAAGCCGCAGUACAGGGUAUUCUAUGACAACACCAUCAGCUUGGGUUACGAUAUCUAUACGUCCCAAGUUAAGUAUCGUAAGAAGCCGGAGCCAAGGGAGGAUUCGUAAAUAGAUGCAAAUAGUUGGAAUAUUACGCUGCUCAAAUCUAAAGUGCCACUGCAAAUUAUACAACAGUCCUGUAAAAUAUUUACUUAAUGCAAUAUUUAGAAGUAAAUUUCUUCUUCAACAAAAA